CUAAGCACGCAUGUGUGUGAGCCUCCACCCGCUCCGUCCUGCGCCCACAAUUACAGUUAGCAGCCCGAGGAGGCAAAGAGGGGGUUCUCGGCCUGGGGAGGGCCAAGGAGAGAGACGAAAUCAGCCUCUCUGCUCCCCAUCCCUCCCAGCACGUCUUCUAAGAGUCCAUCCUCUUUCCUGCACGCGGUACCUCUGGGAAAGACAAACAACACUUCGCCCUGAUGAAGAGAACUCACCUGUUCAUCCUGGGGGUCUACCUGCUGUCCUCCUGCAGGGCAGAGGAGGGGCUGAACUUCCCCAUCUAUGACGGCAAGGACCGCGUGGUCAGCCUCACGGAGAAGAACUUCAAGCAGGUCUUGAAGAAAUACGACUUGCUCUGCCUCUACUACCAUGAGCCCGUGUCUUCAGAUAAAGUCGUGCAGAAACAGUUCCAGCUGAAAGAAAUCGUGCUGGAGCUUGUGGCCCAGGUUCUGGAACAUAAAGAUAUAGGCUUUGUGUUGGUGGAUGCCAAGAAAGAAGCCAAACUUGCUAAGAAACUGGGUUUUAAUGAAGAAGGAAGCCUGUAUGUCCUUAAGGGUGAUCGCACCAUUGAGUUUGACGGCGAGUUUGCAGCUGAUGUCUUGGUGGAGUUUCUGUUGGAUCUAAUUGAAGAUCCAGUGGAGAUCAUCAACAGCAAACUGGAAGUCCAAGCCUUUGAGCGCAUUGAGGACCAGAUCAAACUCAUUGGCUAUUUCAAGAGUGGGGACUCAGAAUAUUACAAGGCUUUUGAAGAGGCAGCUGAACACUUCCAGCCUUACAUCAAAUUUUUUGCUACCUUCGACAAAGGCGUUGCAAAGAAAUUGUCCUUGAAGAUGAAUGAGGUUGACUUCUACGAGCCCUUUAUGGACGAGCCCAUUGCCAUCCCUGACAAGCCUUACACAGAAGAGGAGCUCGUGGAGUUUGUGAAGGAGCACCAAAGACCCACCCUACGUCGCCUGCGUCCAGAAGAUAUGUUUGAAACAUGGGAAGAUGACUUGAACGGGAUCCAUAUUGUGGCCUUUGCAGAGAGGAGUGACCCAGAUGGUUACGAGUUCCUGGAGAUCCUGAAGCAGGUUGCCCGGGACAACACCGACAACCCUGACCUGAGCAUUGUGUGGAUCGACCCCGACGACUUCCCUCUGCUUGUUGCCUAUUGGGAAAAGACCUUCAAGAUUGACCUCUUCAAGCCACAGAUCGGGGUGGUGAAUGUGACAGAUGCGGACAGUGUCUGGAUGGAGAUUCCAGAUGAUGAUGACCUGCCCACCGCUGAGGAGCUGGAAGACUGGAUUGAAGAUGUGCUUUCUGGAAAGAUAAACACCGAGGACGAUGACAACGAAGACGAGGAGGAUGAAGAGGAUGACGACGACAAUGACGAUGACGAUUCCGACGAAGAAGAUGACGACAGCGAUGACGAUGAUGAAUAGCCCCCAAGCCCGAUGAUUUUCAUGAAGACAGAACCACAGCUACCCACUACCAUGCCGGCAGCACAAGGUAGCAGCAAGCAGCUUCCAGCCCGCGUCCGGCCAGCUCCCUUCCCUUUUCCAGCAUCCCCCCCCACCCCCCACCCCCCCGCCCUUCUCAUCAGGAGAUGUGCAACUCAGCAAAUGCCUUUCUAAAUCCAGCAGUCUCACUCAGCAGGGACAGUGGGGAAUUAUUCCCAGGUUGACUGCCUUGAUUGUCAUGAAAAAGCUCUUGUUUUUUGCCAGACCACCAGCGGUCACGGCAGUGCGGGCAUCUGGCAGUCUGGGGAGAGCAAUCCCCUAACACCUCGACUCAAGUUUCCUUGUUGUCUUUGACUCUGACAGUAGCAAAAUUCACAGCUUGCUAACUCACAAGCGUGGUGUGACCUUAUAAUCAGAGCCCAGGGAAGACGCAAUGAUUCGUUUAGCUCUGAUGCCUAGAGUAUCAGUUAGAAUCCCUCCUCAAGCCUACAGGAUCCCUCUUAGGGAUGACUCAGGCUUGAAAACAAAUCAGCUUCUUUUGGUUCUAUUGGACUUACAAUUGAAGGGUAGGUCAGACCAUGAUAAACUCACAUCCAAGCCUUAAGCAGCUAUUGAGAGGUCUUGAAAUACGUGCUUACUGAUUUCACCAUCAUUUCUAGUAAAUGAGGGUACUGGGAUGGGAGGUUGAUUUGCUCUCUGAACUUGCCUCUGGGUGACCGUCUCACAUUUACACGCAAGGGCCGGGGGAGCUGGAGGGAUUAAGGGGUUUUAAUUAUUUCUGACGGCGUUAGGUCUCUGACUGGGUCACCUGGUGUCCUCCUCUGAGCUGCGAUCUGGAUACCCCUUCUCUGUCGCUGCUAGUGAGUCUUCCCAUUCAGAGUAAAGGUUGGUUUGUCCAGAGGGCAAUGAACUCUCCAUCUAUCAACACUCCCACAGUGGAGCAGGGCAACAAUAAUUAGAAUUCAUGAUGAUGCCCCGAGGCACUAAGAAAAGCCCCAAGUGCCUUCUGAACUCUCUAGAAGUUAUAUUGUGCUUGGUAGUUUUAGCGUUAAGUGUGCAUUAUAAUGUUCUAAUUUAUUUUCUCAGUCUUUUAAUACAUGUGUAAGACACUGCAAAUUCUUUGAAAACAGGGCAGUCCUUUUUUGGAAUAGUAGCUAACUCUGCCAUUAAAGUUAUAUUUUGAAAAUACUGAGAUUAUCUUGAAAAUCCUCUCUUGAUGUUUUGAUUCUGCUCAUUUGCUCUUGGCUCCGGCUCUCUCUCUAUUCUGUCUUCUUUUUUCCCUUCUGGGCCCUCUUCCUUCCUUUAAAUGUUAGUUUUCCCUCGUAUCUCCCAGCUCCAACAUUCUUCCAAGGUAGUGUCAUUCACACCCAUCAGCUGAUGGCUUCCACGUCUGGGUCUCUAACCUUGACCUCUCUCCUUAGUCUGAAACUCACUCACUCAAACAGCUUCUGGGAUAUCUUGGUUUGGAUGGCGCACAAGCACUUCAAACAACAGCCCUGCACGCAAACUCAUUACCUUUUCCCCUAAACUUCUCCUCCUCCUGGAGCCCCAGUUCAGAUGAGUAAUGUCACCAUCCAUCCAAUGGCCUGGGUGAUCUGGAGGGACCCCCUUCUCCUCUGCACCUGUGGCAUUUUGUGCACACCCCAAAUCGUGGCACUCACCAUUUAAAUUAUAACACACAUGUGCACUUCUGUCCUUUCACUAAAUUGCGGGCUCCUUGGAGACAAGGAAUUUACUUACCUUUGUAUCCCCAACACUUAGCACUUUCUCAGCAUGAAGUAGAUACUCAUUUACUGAGCUGAUGGGUGAAUAACUGUUUGAUCAGCACUGCUGGUUAACAGUGCUUCCAAGUCUCCUUUUUUUUUUUAAUCUCUCUGCCUCACAAAACAAGGCAGAUGCUUCCUGAGCCGGGUUCCGUGUUAUCCAGACAGUCCCAACCGUAUCUCAAAUAAGCUCUUGGAGGAGUGAAUUUUCAAAGUCAUCUUUGAAGUUAAUCUUUCAAAUAGCCAAGGACUGAAAGUGGUCUAUUUCCCAACCCAGGAAAAUCCCCUGGUUCUCAGAGGCCUGAGCGAUAUGCAUCAAGUUGAAAUCAUGCCGUGGUGCUCCUGUGGGAGAAGCCCUGAGUGUUAAGCUAGCUCUAUCUGUGAGGGGUAAGGAGUAGAACUGUUUAGUUACUGAUCUAAAACCUCUUCAGCUGAUAUUUAUUGAAAAUGUGCUAUGUGCUCCGAGAACCAUGCUGUAUGUUUUAUGUAUAUUAUUUCAUUUAAUUUGUAUAAAGAUCUUAUGAGAUGGUUUUGUUAUUGUCCCCCUUUUACAGAUGAGGAAACUGAGGGAGGCACAGAGCCCUCGAGUGAUUUUUCCCAGGGUCAUGAAAACACUUUAAAGGAUGUAAAUGUAACUUCAUUUUCAUACUUACAUCAAAGAUUUAAACUAAAUUCCUUAAAUUAAGCAAUCAAAGGAUUCUAUUUCUUUUCCUCAGAUAGUGUCCCAAGAUGGACUGAAGUGAAUUUCUCAUAAUCCUUUUUACUGCUUACGCCAAGAUGCCUUUUCCCUUUCAUUCUGCAGGGCACUGAUCACUCACACAGUAUAGGAAUGUAAGCUAAAUAGAAUGGCAAGAUCUGGCCAUCCUCUUAGGGGAAAAAAAAGUUCAUUGUGUUAUCAAGAAUGCAUAAUCACAUUCAAUGUAUUUCUUUAGAAUAUCGUCUCAUAAGUUGAAAUGAGCUUGUCUUCUCUGUAACAAGGUCAUGUACUGUCCAGUCCUAGUUUGUAUGGCCUGAAGCCCAUUGUUAACAAUGUCACCAGUCAUGGAUCAUUAUCAAGUAGCUUUUGAUCAACAGUCUCGGAUACUCCCAGACACGCACACAUCCCUGGCAUGCUGGUGGUCCUGCGGUUCUGUCCUUGAACGUCUCGCUCUCACCAGGCUCCUCCACCCUGCUCGGUGAGCAUCAGAGCUUAUUUUAGAAAACACAGACGCCUGUCAUCAGCCCAGACCUAUGGAUAUACCAUCUCCAGAGCUGAGGCCUGACCAUCUGCAUUUUAACAAGAGUCACUGGGUAAACGACAAGGUACUACUGUAGAGCACGGGGAACUAUAUUCAAUACCUUGUAAUAGCCUAUAAUGGAAAAGAACAUGAAAAGGAAUAUAUAUAUAUCUGAAUAUAUAUAUAACUGAAUCACUAUGCUGUACACUAGAAAUUAACACAACAUUGGAAAUCCACUAUACUUCAGUUAAAAAAAAAUCACCAGGAACAGAUGCAAGCCAGCACCAAGCCUUGCUCUUCCCACUCCCCCAGUCAUCUCAUACACCCCGUGGCUUCCAGCCGUCUGCCUCUCGCCGGGCCUGUGCUGAGUUCCAGGCCCCUCAAUCCAGCUGUCUCCCCCGACAGCUUCACCUGGAUGUCUCACAGGCCCCUUAGACCAGCACAGCUGUGUGGCUCUAAAGGGCGGGGGGAGCUUAUUAAGAAAGUAGCUCUCUUUUCCUGACUGAGAUCUGAACCAACCAAGAAAUCAGGUCCCAAAGUCAGCAGUCCAAAACAUCACCAUUAUUACAGAAAAGCAACAGCUUGGAGACUAGAGAUUAGGAGAAUGGGCUUCCCAGUCUCCUGCAUCCCGGGGCGUCAGAUGUGCAGACAGGACCCUUGCCCUCUGCACAAGGAUGGAGAGGCCAGAGACAAGGGCUGCACCUCCCACAAUAACUUCACCUUAAGAACUUCACUCAAAGAAACAUGGACAGAUGGCUGUCACCCACUAACCAGGUAACUCAUGCCAUCUCAGGACAGGAACAAGGGCUGGGCAAAGGGCCAGCAGUUUGGGGACAAUCCUUCACAGGAACAGAGUUGUGGGGAAGAGGCAUUGCCCUCUGACAAUGUCCCAGCCAGAAACCUGAGAGCCGUUUCCUUGUCUCCCACUCCCACAUCCAAUAGGGAGCAAGCCCUGUUCUGUUUUCUUCAUCCACUCCUAGUGCAUAAUUGAAGCUUUACAGUCUCUCAGCUGGGGAACCACGGGCUUCUGACUUCUCUUCCAUCUCCACUCCAGCCUGCGCCCUGCAAUCAAGUGAUGUCUAAAAUGAAAACCUGAUCAUGUCACACACAUGCUUAAAAUCCUUCAUUGGCUCUCUAUUCCCAAUAGAUGUUUAAACAAUUUCAAAGACUGUGGUUACCAGCAGGAUAGGGAGGGUGGGG